AUGCCGCGACUCACCACUUGCCGGUUCGUCAAUCUGUACCGGGAUGAACAGCCGGACGUUCCACCCCACGAGCACGGUCCAGACCGGGAACCCGUCCUUUUACACUGUCUGGAGAAGCUGCAGUGCGUCGACGACGAUGAUUUAUACGACGAUUGGCCAACUUUGUUCCGCUCAAUCUCGGUCCCCGCAUUGACACACCUCUGCCUGCGGAUCCCCAAUGACACUGGCACGUUGGCAGGGAUACUGUGCUCCGAAGCGGUAUUACCCAUCCUCCCUCAUCUCCAAUCGCUUUCCCUCCAAUACAUGUCUGUGCCCGCGGCUGUUUCUGCUUCGCUGCGCCCAGCGUCAUCGCUUCAAUUCUUGGAAUUACACUCGUGCUACGUAGACCCCGCCUUCUACGAUGCUCUCGGUCGCGGUCAACCCGGAAACCCCCUCUUAUUACCGGCACUCAUCGGCCUGGCCGUUACCAGCGGGUCGGAAUUGCAGUCCUCGGUGCUACGCCGCAUCGUUGACGUCCGUUUGUCGGACACGGAACGGUCCGCCACGUCCAUCACGGACUUACUCUCACUUCAGGCUAAACGGCGCGAGGUCGCGCGCGCACCUGCUGAGCCUACUCGGGCCGGGAACGACGCGCAGAUGCCCAGACCCGGUCUGACACCUCAGUACGCCGCCCACGGCAUCGCAGCGCCAACGGAGGUCCCGCAAAUCGUGCCGUCCGACACUCAUCCUCUUCGCUGGCUCAGUCUGAUCAACUGCUCCAAUACCCCUCCGCUCGAUCCCUUACUCCAUCCUUAUCUCGAGCUGAGGCUCCAGGCUUACAGUAACAUCAAAAAGGAGGAGCCGGUUCGGUAUGAUGAGUCGGUCGCUUGGAACUGGCCGCAGGCGCUUGAGAUGGCGAUCUGA